AUGGCAUCGUCGAGACGACUUCAAAAGGAGUUGUCUGAUCUGAAGUCGUGCGGUGUCAAAGCUUAUGAAAGCGUGGAAUACAACGAGUCCAAUCUUCUUCAUUGGACUGUGCUGCUCGUUCCUGACAAGGAGCCUUACAAUAAAGGAGCCUUCAAAGUAAACAUUGACUUCCCCGCCGACUACCCUUUCAAGCCCCCGAAAAUCACCCUGGCCACCAAGAUUUACCAUCCUAAUAUUGAUGAUAAAGGACAGGUUUGUCUUCCCAUUGUAGACCCUAAUAACUGGAAGCCAGCGACACGAACUGAACAAGGUUAG